AUGAUCCGCAAGGGCGAUUGCAUGAAGCGGUACGAAAAAAAGAACAGGCAUACCGAAUGCCCAUCGCGACGGUUCCAGCAAACCGUAGACGAUGGAGAAAAAUUUACCGAUACAUUCGAUGGGUUCGGCGUAAAACCCCAGGUUGGCGACGUUUGUAUAAACCCAAUGAGAGUAAACAGGAUUUUGAAGAUCUUGUCCAUUGAGACAUCCAGAUCCGUUGCAGUUUGCUCUGUCUAUGUUGCAUUACAAUACACUACCAUUAAGAAAGCAGCCCAUUCAAUUCUGUACAAAAAGUAUAAUUAUCAGUGGAGGUAUGCCGAAUUGCCAGGCAAAGCCGAAUUCCCUCUUACCGAGUUGCAACCGACGCUUGAUAUUUCACCUGAUGAUCUUAGCACCGAAUUGAUUUGGGAGCCGCAUGCCAAAGGACCUGAUGGCCAAUGGAAAGAGUUUUCAUACUAUUUGAGGAACACAAAAGCAAAGAAAUUCUGUAGUCUUCGCAAACCAGUUGUGAUGGAUUUGUUUGCUGGGGGAGGUGGGAUUGACUAUGGUUUCCAGAAAGCUGGGCUGGACGUGCUAUAUAGUGUGGAAAAGGACAAGGCAGCAGUUGAGACCCUUAAACAAAACAACACAAACGCCAACAAGCAUGUUUUGCAAGAAGAUGUGAGGGUUGUGUUGGAGAGUAUGCGCAAGGGAGAGAACAGAGAGGAUGUCCCCAAACCAGGAGAAAUUGACAACCUUCAUGGAUCUUCUCCCUGUCAAGGGCACUCAUCCGCAAAUCCACACCGACGCCAGAAGGAAAUGGAAAAUAACAGUCUCACUUUAGUCCCAUUGGAGAUCACAGAAAUUCUGCGUCCAAAGGUUUUUACACUUGAGAACGUCAUGGGUAUCGUUCAAGGAGAGAGUCGUCACAUGUUUGAGGAAGUCAUUGCUACUCUCUUGGCUCUAGGCUACCAGGUCAGGGUUGCAGCACUAAACUCAAAAGACUAUGGUGACCCACAGUCACGCCUUAGAGUGAUCCUCCUUGCUGUUCAAAAUGGCUAUGAGUUGCCUCGGCCACCACCACCAACUCAUGGGAGAGGAACAGGUAGAGCAUACAUGACCACGUUAGAUGCCAUUAGUGACCUUGAGGCAGUAGAUCCUGAACCAGUGGACCCACAUGCUACUGUGUCCAACCUUGAGUUGCCACUUCCAAUGCACACGGUCAUAGGACACCAACACCAAUGGAGCGUUCCAAACUAUUGUGUCGACGCCGAACAAAAGCUGGAGGCUGACAAGCCCGCUCCAACUAUCCGUUGUAAGAAAGCGAUUGGCCACUACUCUCUUGAUCGCGUGCUAACACCAUUGGAGAAGGCUCGACUCCAAGGAUUUAUUUAUGAUGACUAUGUCUUCAUGGGAAACUACAUGGAUCAAUGCCAACAAAUAGGAAAUGCAGUACCAGUUAGUCUGGCAACCGCUCUUGGGAGAUGGGUCAAAAGCUGCUUCAGCAGCGCGACACCCAACCCGUAUCUCAUAGCAGCCAAUUCGGGCACGUGA